GGGGUGUUUUUUGGGGUGAAAAAGGCCCCCGCCCACCGCCAAGCAGCAGACCUGGACGAGAUGGAAGGGCAGAGACCAGGGCAAGACACCGCUGCCCCGGCCACGGCCACCGCGUUCGGUGGGACCUCCUAGGCCUGGAGGAGCCGGGGUUUCAGUUCUAGCUCCGUCCCCGACUGGCGCCUUGAUCCCGAAUGGCUCACUUUCUUUUUCGAGUCUUAAUUUCCGCAUCUGUGAAAUGGGGAGCUUUGUCUCAUUUACUCCAGGCUUGUCCACCCCAAAACUUCUGGGGCGGGCCCUCCUGUGAUCUCUUGUAGGAUUUCCAGUUCCACAAACAAACCUGACCCGAGGGAGGAAAACGGGGUCGUUUCUCUUUCCCUGUGAGGAAUCUCAGGCCAGCACAUCGCUCUUAGGGAGGCCGGGCCGUGUCAACAGAGCUGGGGACCUCUGGGCAUCCAGCUGGUGCGGCGUAGCCAAGGAGCCGCCUUCUCCCCCAGAAAGCCUGGAGAACGCUUCCCACCUCAAAGCUCCCUCCUGUUCCCUACUUGUCUGGUGAGUGAAGCCUAGUCGGCUGCUCCAGGAUGAGCCACAGCUCCAGGAAGGGGAAGUAGAAGCCCAGCUGGCUCUGGCCAUGGCCUGUGAACCGCAGAUGGACCCCGGCGGGGCGGCCGGCCCGUUGCCCACCUCCUCCCCUGGCUGGAGCGCCCUGCAGCGGGGAAGCCCUCCUGGGUGGGGGCAAGAGCUCCACAAUGGCCAGGUCCUCACCGUCCUCCGGGUCGACAAUACCUGUGCACCCAUGGCCUUCGACCUGGGAACCGCAGAGGAGCAACUGCAGACCUGGGGCAUUCAGGUCCCUGCUGACCAGUACAGGAGCUUGGCGGAGAGUGCCCUCUUGGAGCCCCAAGUGAGAAGAUACAUCAUCUACAAUUCGAAGCCCAUGCGGCUGGCCUUUGCCGUGGUGUUUUACGUGGUGAUCUGGGCCAACAUCUAUUCAACCAGCCAGAUGUUUGCCCUGGGCAGCCACUGGGCGGGCGUGCUGCUCGUGACCCUGGCCGCAGUCAGCCUGACCCUGACUCUCAUGCUGGUCUUCGAGAGGCAGCAGAGGAAGGCUAACACUAAUACAGACCUGAGGCUCACGGCUGCCAACAGAGCCCUGCUGAGACACCGGGUGCUGCUGGGGGUGACAGACACCGUGGAAGGGUGCCAGAGUGUGAUCCAGCUCUGGUUUGUCUACUUCGACCUGGAGGACUGCGUGCAGUUUUUGUCUGACCACAUUCAGGAUAUGAAGACUAACCAAGAGUCCUUGCUGAGAAGCAGACUGAGCCAGUUAUAUGUUGUCCUGGAGACGGGGGUGAGCCCCACGAUGGCGGAGGGCCCCGAGAGCUCGGAGGAGGCUCCUCUGCUGCCCAGCAGUCCUCGUCCUCAGGAGAGACCGCUCCUGCAGACGGAGCUCCACCAGCUCGUUCCCGAGGCUGAGCCGGAGGAAAUGGCCCGACAGCUGCUGGCAGUGUUUGGUGGCUACUACAUCCGACUUUUGGUGACCUCCCAGCUGCCCCAGGGAGUGGGGACACGGCACACAGACUCUCCCAGGAUCCCGUGCCCCUGCCAGCUCAUAGAAGCCCAGGUCCUGGGCACAGGGUGUUGUCCAUUCCUGGCCAGGUGACCUAGGGACAAGAUCUUCUUCAUCUGCUGUCAGGACUGAGAAGUGGAGGAGGCCUCAACAGCCCAGGAUGGCCAGGGGCAAGCCCCUGGUGAGGAGAGAAGCACGGGGGCCGCACCAGACUGGGUCAGUCACACGAUGCCAGGCUUGUGCCAGUGUCCCGCACCUCACCGGCGUCCCUUGCUGAUCCCUGGCGGGGCUGAAGCCGGUGGUUGUGAGCUGGUCCUGCCCCUGCUGUUCUCUGUGCGGCCUGGAAGUGUGGCCAUGGCUGAAGGGCCACCCUCAUUCCUUUCACCACCCAAAGAGCCCAGGAGAUGUGAAGAGGACCCGUUGGGGAAAGUCUUGUGUCCAGAGCUUGGUCUCAUGAUGCUCCUCUCCCCAGCCCUCUUGUGUCAGGUGGGGAAACCAAGGCUCAGGGUGGGCACCGCUCUUUGCCUCUGACUCUGAAGUUGUGAGACUGCCUCUCUCCUCCCUGAAGAAGAGAAGCAGCUUCUCCGACUUUCCUCCAUUCCUAGGUUUUUCUCCCCAUGUUGUCUCCACCACAGUGGCCCCUGGUUUGUGGUCUGCUAGCCUCGGGGCUCAGGACAGAAGCAGGAGUUAAGGGGCCGAUGACCCUCCAGCAGGAACGCUGGGAAGGGAUGGGUCCUGUGGUGGCAGGACUGGUGUCGCCUGCCCGCCAUCGCGGUUCACACUGCAGACAUAGCACAGCUGUGUUUUCUGACACUAAUGUUGAAAUGUGAUCAGUCACUUGUGAAAUUCUGUGAAGAGUUCCAAGACCUCCGACUGUCCUGCUCCCCCAAAUGUUUCAAGACCACUCGUUGCACAGAUGCAAGUCCCCAGGCCCUGGCCUAGCAUGGAAGGCUCCCAGCCCCCAAGACUCAGCCUUCGACUGUCUCUCAAAACCCUUUUAUAAGUUGGAAUCCCUUUCUGAACGGUGUACCCAUUCCUUUCUGUCUCGUGGACUUGUAUUCAUGCUUUAAAACCCCGCCUUCCCGAUCCCUCCUUCAGGGAGAUUAGCAACAAGCCCCAUUGAUGUCUCCUUUAAAUUCUUGACACAGUUGCUGCUUGGGUUGAAGUUUUAUGUUGCUGAUCUGGUUUUUCUGUGCACAUGCCUGUUUUUUCUUGCUAGAUUGUAAACUUCUCAGGGUCCCAGAUGGCACCUUAUACUUUUUUUGUGCAUGACUUACACCUGCUAAAGAGAAAAGAAAAAAAAAAAAA